UGUUACUGUACAUGGCUGCACCUGCACUUGGAAAGUUCGUUCCCAGUGACGUCAUCUCUGCCUCCCAGCUGGUCUGGACUGAAGUCUGCUCCGCUCUGGGGAGGCUGCCUGCUGCUGUGUUUAAGUGCUGAACGGAGUACCAAGAGAAAAAGCUCGGAUAUUGUCUCAAGGAUAUUCUGUAUGCGGGAAAUUGAACCCGUUUUCGUUGAGCCACAUCAAGAACACAGACGUAACAUUUGACAGAUACAUUGUUUGCAGAGCCCACCAGGUAGCUGUGGUUAGCCAUGGAGGAUGGUAAGCCAGUGUGGGCGCCCCACCCCACCGAUGGGUUCCAACUGGGCAUGAUUGUGGAUAUCGGAGUUGACACCCUCGCCAUCGAACCACUCAACCAGAAGGGCAAGACCUUUCUGGCUCCUAUGAACCAAGUGUUCCCUGCUGAGGAAGACGUCAACAAACAUAUGGAGGACAACUGUUCUCUUAUGUACCUGAAUGAAGGCACGCUCUUAAACAACGUCCGAGUUCGGUAUAGUAAAGACAAGAUCUAUACAUACGUCGCCAACAUCUUGAUUGCUGUGAACCCUUACUAUGACAUCCCCAAACUGUACGUUCCAGAGACCAUCAAGUCUUAUCGUGGCCGGUCCCUGGGCACUCUACCACCUCACGUCUACGCAAUCGCGGACAAGGCCUACCGGGACAUGAGAGUCCUGAAGAUGAGCCAGUCUAUCGUAGUGUCUGGAGAAUCUGGGGCUGGGAAGACAGAAAAUACCAAGUUUGUCCUCAGAUAUUUAACAACGUCAUACGGCACCGGGCAAGAUAUUGAUGAGAGAAUUGUUGAAGCAAACCCCCUGCUAGAGGCGUUUGGAAACGCCAAGACAGUCCGGAAUAACAACAGCAGUCGUUUUGGAAAAUUUGUGGAAAUCCACUUCAAUGAAAAGAACAAUGUGGUAGGUGGCUUCGUGUCCCACUACCUGCUGGAAAAGUCAAGGAUCUGCAUGCAGAGUAAAGAGGAGAGGAACUACCACAUCUUCUACAGGCUGUGUGCCGGAGCCUCUGAAGACAUCAGACAGAAGCUGCACCUUGACUCCCCUGACAGCUUCAGGUAUUUGAAUCGAGGAUGCACAAGAUACUUUGCCAGCAAGGACACAGACAAACAGAUCAUGCAGAAUCGCAAGAGUCCUGAGCAUGUGAAGCUGGGUGCCCUGAAGGACCUUCUGCUGGACGACCAGGGAGACUUCAACAGGAUGUGCGGGGCCAUGAAGAAGAUUGGCCUGGACGACACGGAGAAGCUGGACCUGUUCAGGGUGGUGGCCGGGGUGCUGCACCUGGGCAACGUCGACUUUGAGGAGACUGGGAGCACAUCGGGCGGCUGCAUCCUGAUGAACCAGUCCAGUCCGACACUAGCCUACUGUGCUGACCUGCUGGGUUUGGACCAGGAAGACCUGAGAGUCAGCCUCACCACCAGGGUCAUGCUCACAACAGCAGGGGGCGCCAAAGGAACAGUUAUCAAGGUGCCUCUGAAGGUGGAACAGGCAAACAAUGCCCGGGACGCCCUGGCCAAGGCCGUGUACAGCUGCCUCUUCGAUCACGUGGUCAGGAGGGUCAACCAGUGCUUCCCCUUCAACACCUCCUCCAACUUCAUUGGGGUGCUGGAUAUUGCUGGCUUUGAGUAUUUUGAGCACAACAGCUUUGAGCAGUUCUGCAUCAACUACUGCAAUGAGAAGCUGCAGCAGUUCUUCAACGAGCGCAUACUUAAAGAGGAGCAAGAGCUGUAUCAGAAGGAGGGACUGGGAGUCAGUGAAGUUCAUUAUGUCGACAACCAGGACUGUAUAGACCUGGUGGAAGCCAAGCUGGUGGGCAUCCUGGACAUUCUGGAUGAAGAGAACCGCCUACCACUGCCCAGCGACCAGCACUUUGCAGAGGCCAUCCACAGCAAGCACAAAGAUCACUUCAGACUGACGGUUCCUAGGAAGUCCAAGCUGGCUGUCCACAGGAACGUCAGAGAUGAUGAAGGAUUCAUCGUCAGACACUUUGCCGGAGCAGUGUGCUACGAGACGACCCAGUUUGUAGAGAAGAAUAAUGAUGCUCUCCAUAUGUCCUUGGAGAGCCUGGUGUGUGAGUCCAAGGAUAAGUUUGUGAGGGAGCUUUUUGAGAACUCCAACAACAGCAAGGACUCCAAACAAAAGGCUGGCAAACUCAGCUUUAUCAGUGUGGGCAAUAAAUUCAAGACCCAGUUGAAUGUACUUCUGGAGAAGCUUCGCAGCACUGGUUCCAGCUUCAUUCGCUGUGUGAAACCCAACUUGAAGAUGGUGAGCCACCAGUUUGAAGGAGCCCAGAUUCUGUCUCAGCUGCAGUGUUCAGGCAUGGUGUCAGUGCUGGACUUGAUGCAGGGAGGCUUCCCCUCCCGAGCUCCCUUCCAUGAGCUCUACAACAUGUACAAACAGUACAUGCCUGACAAGCUCACACGACUGGACCCCAGGCUCUUCUGCAAGGCUUUGUUCAAAGCGCUGGGGCUGAAUGAGAAUGACUACAAGUUUGGUUUGACCAGAGUGUUCUUCCGCCCUGGGAAGUUUGCGGAGUUUGACCAGAUCAUGAAGUCGGACCCGGACCACCUGGCAGAGCUGGUGAAGAAGGUCAACCAGUGGCUGGUCGUCAGCCGUUGGAAGAAGGUCCAGUGGUGCUCCCUUUCUGUCAUCAAAUUGAAGGAGAAGAUGAAGUAUCGUGCCUCUGCCCUUGUUAAGAUUCAGAAGACUGUCCGCAUGUGGCUCUGUAAGAAGAAACAUAAGCCACGCGUCGACGGCAUGGUGAAGGUGCGUAUCCUGAAGAUGCGUAUGGAACGCUUCAACGAGGUGGUGGGUGCUCUGAAGGAGGGCAAGCAGGAGAUGGCCCAGCAGGUCCAGGAGCUGGGGGCCUCCAUCGACACCUUCAUGGCCAAUAUCAAGGCCACAGUGAUGACCAGGAAGGAGAUUGACCAGGAGUACCAGGGGCUGGUGAAGAGCUUGGAGCAGCUGCUCUCCUCCAUGCAGAAGAAGAAGCAGGAGGAAGACGAGAUGGAGAGGCUGCGGCGCAUCGAAGAGGAGAUGGAAAGAGAGAGGAAGAGGAGGGAGGAGGACGACCAGCAACGGCAGCAGGAGGAGAACGACAGAAAGAAGAAAUCGGAGAUGGAGCAUAAGAGGAAGCAGGAGGAGGAGGAGAGGAAGAGGAGUGAGGAAGAAAAGAAGAUUAUGCAGGCGGAGAUGGACAUCCAGAUAGCGCUGGAGCGGGAGGAGGACGCCCAGCGAUCGACCUUGUUGGAGCAGGAGAGGAGAGACCGAGAGCUGGCCAUGAGGAUCGCCCAGAGUGAAGCCGAACUCAUCAACGACGAGGCCCAGAUGGACCCCAGUCUGCGCAGCAAUGGGUCUUUCUCAGGUCUCUAUCCAAACACAGUGAGAGCCAUGGGUUCACAGAUGCAGGCACUCAAAGCCGGUGGCGUGAAGAAGUACGACCUGAGCAAGUGGAAAUACGCCGAGCUGCGGGACGUCAUCAACACCUCGUGCGAUAUUGAGCUGCUGGCGGCAUGCAGGGAGGAGUUCCAUCGCCGUCUCAAGGUCUACCACGCCUGGAAAUCCAAGAACAAGAAACGUGACACAGCUGCUGAGCAGAGGGCCCCCAAAUCUAUCACUGACUACGCCCAACAGAAUCCGGCCCCGGCCGUGGCCACCCAGCAGCAGGAGAUGGCCAUGAACCGCCAGCAGCGAUACUUCCGCAUUCCCUUCAUCCGGCCCGCUGACCAGUACAAGGACCCCCAGAACAAGAAGAAGGGCUGGUGGUAUUCCCACUUUGACGGGCCCUGGAUCGCCAGGCAGUUGGAACUGCACCCAGACAAGCAGCCCAUCCUGCUGGUGGCAGGGAAAGACGACAUGGAGAUGUGUGAGCUAAGCCUGGAAGAGACCGGGCUGACCCGGAAGAGAGGGGCUGAGAUCCUGCCUCGGCAGUUUGAGGAGAUCUGGGAACGCUGCGACGGGAUCACAUACCUGCGAAACGCCAUCGAAAGCAAGCAGGCCAGGCCCACGUAUGCCACAGCCAUGCUACAGAACCUCCUCCAGUGAACCAGAGGGACCACCCAUGUCCAUAGGCUCAGUAGGAAGGCAAUAAGUAAAGGGAAAAGAGCAGAAGCACCCUCUAUCAUAGCAGCCUUUCAGGCUAAUGCAGGGUCUCCCAAACCAAGGGGUACAUGUUUUGGUUUUUGCCCAUGCACUACACAGCUGAUUCGAAUAAUUAACUAUGUAAUGUUGGGGCUAAAACCAAAAUGUGCACAGAUAGCCCAGCGUUUCCCAAACUCUGUCAACGCUUAGUUAUCUCACCGAGGGCAUUUCAAAGUUUUACUUAGUUCUUUGUUGUGUUUUUUAAAAGUAGAUUUUUGUCAUUUUUGUGGGUUUUGUUUAUUUUGCUGUGUGAAAAUAAAGACCAAUAUACAUCCCGUCUUCAUGCAAUGGCUACAUUUAAAUUAAAUCUUUACUUCGAGGCCUUAAAACUAUUUGAUAUUAUUGAGACAUGUUUCAAAGCUGCACUUCCUUGUUUCAUUGCUAAAUGAAAACGAAGCACUGUUGGAACUGUUAUAUUUGAUUGAAUAAAUGUUACAAGUAUUUGGCUUUA